GUCGAGCCGAUUGCCCUCACUUCAAAAUCAACUCCACUAGGGCGUUCUGUGGGCGCUGAGUUCUGGCUGGGACUGUCGUCUACUUCUAUGAUCGACUCCUGGUUGUGGACCCAGAAAGCAGAUGCAUUUGGCUCCACAAGAGGAUAGGCCCCUUCAUCACAACUGUCUACGUUGCUCUCCAUACUUCUCUGCUACUUAAUGUCGUCGAUCCCCCACACAUGCCAGGCGAAACAAGCCCGGGCCACUAGCGCACUAUCGAGGCGCUAACUCGCUAGACUUCUUCGAUGAUGCUAUGUCAUCACGGUGCUCUCUUGCGCCUCACUUUGCUUCUAAUACCCAAUCCGAGGAGUCCCCAUCCGCUCGCGUGUCUGCAUCCUGACCGCAGAAGCCCUCACGCUCCGGACGACUCUCCAGCGUACGCUCGGCCUCAAGCGGCUCGCUCGCACCUCGGGCGUCGAGCUCUCGCCCGUGACGCUCCUAUUACGCGAUGCGGCGAGCGUCCUCCCCCCCAUUUGCAAAUAUACGACCGCACCCGGAUCGUCGCCUGCUGUGAUUGCGAUCGCGUUCGUAGGCACCCGCACCGACCGGCGACCGAGGAUCGUCGUCGCCAAAUCCGGACACGGACGCUUUCCGCGGCACCCGCACCCGCACCCCAGGCACACUCUAUUUCCUACACCACCGUACCCGGCAUCGCAGUCCCAGUUCUGCAUCGCGGACCGUGUUGACGUCGUCGCCUUCGCCUUCGCCUUCCCCGCCCUCGAUCGAUCGACCCCGCCCGAAACGGCCCCGGCCCCGGCGCGUCGCUUCGCGAAGCGUGAUCCUCCUCGCAAACGUAGUAACCAGUACAGCCGCCGUCGUGCUCCCUCCGAGAAGUCGCCCUCGACGCCUACAUCCCUAGCACCCUCCUCUCUUCGUCCUCCCUCGCAGUCAAUUUCCCGUGUACU